AUGCCGAGUCAAUUCCCCGUUGUCAACUUGAAGCUCGCCCCGACGCUCCUCCUCGUCGAUCGGAUAUCGAUUUCCUCGAUUCUAUUCUCCUUCGUGGAUCGAAUACAUGACCUUAUUUCUCAACCUUGGUCACUAUUUCAUUCACCCCCCAAAGAAAAGGCUUCCCCACAAGGCAAUUCCUUAGAAUCUGAGGCCACCCAACACAAAAACAGCUCAAUCAGCAAAGAAGAAGUGAAAUUUGUGAUGGAAAAGCUUGAGUUUUUUUGCAGCGAUGAGGAAAUUGAUGAAUCGUGGCUUGGAGGUGAGGAAAUAGGUGCCAUUUUUUAUGAGAGUGAGCCAAGCUUGGAGGAGUUGAAGCAGACAUUUAAUGUGUUCGAUAAGAAUAGAGAUGGGUGUAUUGAUGCGGAUGAGCUGCAGUCCAUGCUGGGGUUGCUUGUACCUAAUCAAGGCGUGUUCAUCCAUGAUUGCCAUAGAAUGAUUGCAAGAUAUGAUCAUAACAAAGAUGGUAAAAUUGAUUUCAAUGAGUUCGUUAAGUUUAUGGAAAUUGCCUUGUCUUGA